AUGACAGCAAAAGCUGAAGAUGAAGAGAAUAGUCACCACCACCACAUUGGUCAGAUGAGGAAUUCGAGGUGCCAUCCGAAUCCGGGACAGUCCCGCAUAAUCCGGAACGUCUGCAACAACAAAAUGAGUUUCGGCUUUAUUUCGACAUUAACCCUACUGGUCUUCGCGGUUUCGGCCCAGGAUCAGUAUACUACCAAAUACGACGGCAUCGAUCUGGAUGAAAUUUUGAAAUCGGAGCGCUUGUUCAACAACUACUACAAAUGUCUAAUGGACGAAGGCCCCUGCACUCCGGACGGAAAAGACCUGAAACGCAUCCUUCCGGAAGCUCUCCAAACUAAUUGCGAGAAGUGUACUGAAUCGCAACGCGCUGGUGCCAUCAAGGUUAUCAAUUACAUUAUCCAGAACCGUCCGGAACAGUGGAAAAAUUUGCAAGCUAAAUACGAUCCGGAGAAUAUUUACUUGGAAAAAUAUCGCGAGGAGGCAGCGGAAAGCGGUAUCACCAUAUAA